CACCACUUAUUGAGUUUGUAGGAGAAGACGCAGAUGAUAUGGGGGACCGCAGCGAGAGUUUUUCAGACUCUUGAUGAUAGAGGUACAGACCUCCCUGGGCAUUUUUGAGGGAAAGGCCGGCCAGCUCUUUCUUAGUUACGACCAAGCAGCACUAGACCAGCGUAAAUAUUUCAGAGGUGGCAACCUCAUCGCUUGGUCGAUUGCCCACGGAGGUCCGUGUAUCAGAGCCCUGGACCCCAGCCUCUUCCAGCUGAUGUGCGGACAGGAGCCUCCGCUGGAGCAGUUUGACUGGCGUGUGCUCCCUGACCCAGAUGUGCAAAGCAAAGUCAACAGGAUCCUACAGUGCAAGACUGCAGGGGACCUGACUCAGCUCCAGCAAGACCUGGGGGACUGGAUUGCAGAGUGCGGCGUCCCAAGCGUAUUUAGUGCCACAGUUGAAGACAUACCAAAAGUCUACGCAUAUGUAGUGAAGCACUACAUCUUUCUCAGAACGGCCAAGAUGAUCCUCCAGUUCACAGACGGAAUGAAUGCAUUCGGGAAGCUGUGGGACCUGGUGAGGAAGAACUGGAUUGCCUUCCUGCCUUUGUUCACCAACAUGCAGGAGCCCAUGUCAAAGGCAGCCUUCAAGGCCCUCUUCAGUUACAACUACAGCAGGAGAGGCAGCAACCAUCGCGAGGCAGAGGAGGACACCAUCUACUGCUGGGAGAUGGUGCUUAACAUGAUUGAAGACAAAGUGACUGACCUCAAAUUCGAAGACCUUCUGAUUUUCACCACUGGAGCAGACGAGGUUCCUCCCCUGGGCUUUCCCAGGAAGCCCUCCGUCGACUUCUAUGAACAGGAGGCAGGCCUGCGCCGUUUGCCCUACGCAUCUACCUGCACGAUGUGCCUGUACCUGCCGAGAGGCGUCAGUCAAGAGGAGGAACUGCACGAGAUGCUUUACUGGCCACAAGAGGCUCUUUGGGAUUUGGAAAGGUGUAGAAGCUUUGAUAAGCAGACGCUCCCAGGCAGUUAG